AUGACAAACACCAACACGGCUUCCAACCAGGCGUCCAGUGGGACUGGGAGCGGGCGCCGUCCGACUUCAGUCAUCUCGCCUGUCCUAAACUUCCUCGGACAAUCAGCAAUGAGGCUAGCAGGCGGGUCCCCAGUCUCCGAACCCGAAGAAAUACCUCCAACAACAUCAACAACGCGAGGGGUAGGCUCGUCAAAACCAUCAGGACCCAUCCGCGUCAAAACGAACCGCAACAAACCCCCAGACUACCUCUCCGGACUCUUCCAAUCCGGCCAGCAAACGACCACAAGCGGCGCGAGCGAAAAGCGAAUGCCGUUGUACACCAACCUCCCCGCAUCCGCGUUCCUGGUGUGGAAUAACAACUCGGCAGCAGCUGCAGCGGGGAAUAGCGCGUCGAAGCAUAUGGACCAUGACACGGACGGGGAUGUGAAGGCGGGAGAGAGCAAUACCUCUCCAAAACAGAAGAAGAAGCUGAAUCUGCCGACGCAGUGGAAUGCGAAGGAUAAGAAUCAGUCGCUGGACUUGGCGCCGAAUGGGUUGAGGAUAACGUAUACAGGACCAGGGCAGAUGGACGCGCAUGCGGCAGCUGUGCGGACGAAUUACCCUAUACCGCCUCAAUGUGGUCUGUUCUAUUACGAGGUUACCAUCAUAAGCAAAGGCAGGGAAGGGUUCAUCGGGAUCGGACUGUGUGCACAUAAUGUGCAACUAAACCGACUACCAGGCUGGGAAGACCAUUCAUGGGGCUACCACGGCGACGACGGCCACUCCUUCUGCUGCUCCGGCACGGGCAAACCCUACGGCCCCUGCUUCACCACCGGCGACGUGAUCGGCUGCAUCGUCAACUUCAUGACCAAAUCCAUCUCCUUCACCAAAAACGGCGCGUUACUGGGCACCGCGUUCCCGAAUGCGCUGGAUAACCCGAAACUGGAGGGGAAUCUGUACCCCUCGAUUGGACUGAGGACACCGGGGGAGGUGGUGGAGGCGAAUUUUGGACAGAAUAAGUUUGAGUUUGAUAUCGGGUUGUAUUUUCAGGAAGAAAAGGCCCGAAUAUGGCACCAAGUCAACUCCGCGCCCCUUCCCCCUCUCCUCCCACCUAUGUACUCCCCAACCACACCACCCACCCAACAACCCAGCAUAAACCACCUCAUCCUCUCCUACCUAAUCCACCACGGCUUCUGCGAAACAGCCUCGGCUUUCUCAUCUAGUUCCAUCUCCGGGGAUGUGUCUCCUGUACCGGAUGACGAGCCGUUUGAUGAGGUUGAUAUGCGGCAGCGGCAACGCAUCAGAGACGCAAUCCUAACGGGCUCAAUCCCCCUCGCCACACAACUUAUGGACCAAUACUACCCCGGCAUCUUAUCGCAGAACCGCCGCCUCGCGUUCAUGUUGCAGAGUCAGAAGUUUGUCGAGUUGAUGCGGGGGGUUGGUGUCGAGUCAAAUCCAUCCGAGGCGGUGAUUGCGGGAGAGGAGGGGGAGGAUGCGAUGGAUGUUGAUGGUGCGGGAGGGGAAGGGGAAGGGCACGAAGGCGGGGCCGGGGACACGGAGGAGGAACGAUUACGCGCGGUCGUGGCGCACGGGCAGGACCUGAAUGUGACGUUUGGGACUGUCGAGAAUGAGUUUGUGCAACGCGCUUUGGUGGAAACGUAUUCGCUGUUGGCAUACCCUGACCCCUGGACCUCGCCCGUCUCGUACCUCCUCGACCCCGUGAACCGCGCCCUGGUCGCCGACGCUGUCAAUUCCGCUAUCCUCGUGGCAUCAUCCCGCCCCGGCAUACCAGCAAUUGAGAGCAUAUACCGUCAAGCGGCGGUUGUGGGCUGGGAGCUGUUGAAGAGCGGGGGUGGGGCGGCGGCAUUUGUUAGGGCUGAGGAGUGUUUGGUAUGA